AUGGGCGUUAAAGAUCUAACGGCGGUGAUAAAGAGGUUUUGCCCGGACGUUAUAACGAAUCUCAGCGGGCGGUGGUGGGCGAUCCGCGGUGCUACUGUUGCCAUCGACACGACGUUGCUCACACAGCGCUACUACUACGGACGGGUGCCGCAUCUAGAAGCCCUUGCGCGGCUGGUGCACGACGCAAACGCCGCCAACGUCCGCCUGAUAGGCGUGUUCGACGGUGACGGCCGUCUCGAUCAGAAGGGGCGGGAGAGGGAGCGACGUGAGCGCACACGCGCCGUCCACCGCUCCCGUCUGGCUGGCGAGGAGGCGAGGCUCCACCGGCUCGUGGGUUUCGAAGCGGCUUUCAAAGCGGCAGUGGAAAGCAAGGACUAUACGCGCGUCUGCGGUUAUGUGGAUAGCGUGGUUAUACCCCGCUCGCCCGCCCAGGCACAGCAGCUGCGCGACUUGGAGGAGCGGCGGGUGUAUGGGAGUGUGCAGAGCCACAGAGAGGCAGAGGCAUACACACAAACACACCUCAACCACCUCAAGAACUCUACUAACUCGGCUAUCACCCGCUACAGCAAGCGUCCACCGAAUAGCGCCGUGUAUAGCCGCGUUAAAGACCUCCUCGGGGCUGCUGGUGUUCCUGUAAUCACCGUCGACCAAUCGCCAAAGCAACUGCACGAGGGGGAAGCACUGGCUAGUGCACUUGUCUUGCGUGGUUUGGCAGAUUACGUGCUUAGUGAGGACACUGAUGUGCUCAUUUACGGUGCAAAGUUGAUUCGCGAUGGCGGUGAAGGCGGUAUUGCUAGAGUGUUUGAUGGUACUCAACUACACCACGCACUUCACCUCACCCACACGCAACUUAUAGACUUUGCACUCCUCGCUGGCACAGAUUUCGCCCUAACCGUUCCUUCUGUUGGACCAAUUCGGGCAUUAGACUACAUUAGGAAGUUUGGCAGUGUCGAAGAGGUACUUAUCCAGAAUACACCACUCAAGCAGCUCAUCGUGGAUAAACACGCACUCAGCAUUGAUGCCUUCUUGGGUGAAUUGAGACAGGCUAGGAAGGUGUACGAGACUUUACCAUCGACGCCCCACUCGAUACAGUUUGGUGUGUAUAACCAAGAUGCUGUUAACAGUAUUCUCCACCAAGACAAGAUUGAAAGAGGAACCAAGUCUUGGGGAGAAGACGACCAUCACUACAAACACCUUAAAGAAUGGGGAAUGUAA